GAGUGCAACUUCCGUGGGAUACUCUGUCUAGCCUGGAGUCGCUGGAAUGAGUUCUUCUCACGCGUGGACUUCGUCAACGGAUAACUCCCGCGAAUGCAUCGUUCUUCGGUGAAGAUAAUGCAUUGAAGUCCCUGGUGCGGAACUUAUCGGUAAAAACUUCGAUGAUACCAAAGUACACAAAGCAUAAGUCGACAACAGAUCAAGCAUCCAGCUUCGCAUCACGCUCUUAGAACAGAACAAAGAAGCACAUGUACACUCUCAGUAUAUAUACAACAGACUUGCGGAUUACCUCGCAAACUCAAGAAUCCCAAAAGGAUCUACACCUCGUAGCAGCAUCGCACCAUGUCCCAAGUAACACCAAUCGAACCAACUUACUUGGACUCCCCCGCCGAAUGGAUCAAGAUUAUCGCCGAGAUAGUCUACCCCCCCAAAGAGCCAUGCAACUGGAGCGUCCAACUGUCCACCAAAACAGCCCCGGACCACGGCCUCUGCGACAUGAUCACCGUGGCUAACAGCCGUCGCGUCGUGCUGAUCAUCGCGACCGGGCAGGACCUCUUCGUCCCUCCGCUUGAGGAAGAUAACCUGGUGCAGAAUCGACGCUUCCAAUGCAUGCAGAAGGAGUGGCGGGAGCACUACCAGGCCAACGUCCCCAUCUUCGGCGGCUGGCUCGUCGCCGGCUAUAUGAGGUUCAUGAGGUCCGUAGACCAUAUAUGCCCACACCACGGGUACUUCCAAUCCAGUCGUGAUGACGAUUCGAUGGCCUGGAAAAGACUCAAGGGAGAAUUGGCAGCGUGCGGUCACCGCGAGCUGCCUAUAACCCUGGGUGAUCCACAGCACCGGGACGGAGAUUAUAGACUCUGGGUUGAUUUGGACAAGGCGAGGUUCGCCGAGAUCCUGCUGGGGGUCCGCCGCUUUGGCGGGGGGCAGCGCUGCCGCCGACUGGUGGAUCGGCUGUACUCGAAGCUGGGGCUUCGACGUGCGGAGUGGGAGGGUGAAGGGCUGACCGUCAAGAGGGCUGGGAGCGAAUGAGUUUCGAUGGGGACUGGAGUCCAGCUGUAGUUGACAUUCCUUGAAUAAUCUACAGUUGAAGAUUGAAUAUUAUUUUGAUUAAGCUUCUUGUAGCGUAAUUCCACAUCCUGAUCGAGGGACAGUCGGAUGACUGUUCAUUCCGUUUUCUUGUCUGCGAGAUCGGCCUCCUCGGUGAACC